AUGUCCCUCCUCUCACUCUUUGCGACUCCUCCUGGUCCCGUCACCAGUCAAUACGAUGGAUGGGAGUAUAGAUGGAAGAUGUUCGUUAUACGUCCUGCUGAGUUUAAAAUGGAGGGUUUGUUAUUUGGGAUCGGUGGUUUAUAUCUGUUGAUUUAUUAUUUGGGUAAGGUGAUCAAUGAUAGACGUGCACAAUCGACUAUAUCACCGUUCCGAUCCCUCCUCGAAACUCAAUUCGAACGUAUAAGACCUCUAGUCUCCGCUUCCCCAGCAAAACGUCUUCUCUACGCUACGGGUCGUCGUAACGUUCUCUUUCUACACGCUACUAUCCUCUUUUGGCCAUGGCACGACGUUGCGGGAUUCAUACAACAUCUGGGUAUGAUCAUUUUCGCUCCGGCUUACGACGGGAGCGAGACUAUUACGUUUGAAGUUACACUUGGAAGAGGUGAAGAUGGACUUCAAGAUGGACAAGGUGUGGGAGUAUGGGCUUUGGUUAAUAAAUCGAUUUUGAGGACUUUGCGACAGGCGAGGUAUGACUUGACCUUCCCUCGAUUGGUAGAAUCCGCUCCCAACAUCCCGAUCACCCAUGUCCUUUUCAACGAGCAUUCAGAUUGUUCCGAUAUCUUGCUCAAAACUCCCAAUGUGGGGAUUACUGAGUUGAUCAACGAUCCAGUCUCCGCCAAGGUGCUGAAAUAUCUCCUGAUUACCGACGUUUCCGCUUUGAAACCUCAACGUGGUGCACUGCCCACCAAGGUGAAAUCCCGGCAGGUGGUUUUGUCGGUUUAUAAGCCUAGCUCAAAGGCUCAAUACGCCGCAGUGGCCGGAUGGGUUCAGGUAGCUCUUAACAUUGCUGAUUUGUUAUCGAAACCAAAUCUCGUCAAGGCUGAGGUAACAAGAAAACUCCUUCGGACUCGUCAACAAGUCGAUUCCGAGCUCACGGCGGAAUAUAAAAGAGCCUUGUCUGAAAAUACCGUACCCCAAGAGACCGUAGAUGAGAAACGGGCCGCUAAGAAGAAAGCUGAAAGGGCGUCAAUGACGGAAAAAGAGUUGAAGAGGGUGGAAGAAUUGGAGAAGAAACGUGAGCAGAGAAAACAACAAAAGAAACAGAUGAUUCGGUGA